ACCAUCCACAGAAUACAGUGAUGCAGAAAACUAUUCCUGGCUGCUUUUUCCAGAAAAUGUAUGCUUCCCUAACUGGCAUUUCUAUGGAGAGAGACCACAUGAAAGAUCUUAGAAGAUACCUGGUACUUAAAUAUAUCCAAUACCUUGUCCUGUCUUCUUCAAAUGCCAUCAGCACUUUUCUGGGCUUGCUGGGCAGUUUGUACACGAUAAUCAUCCUGCAGUCUGCAAAGGUUUCAUCCAAGUCCACUGUGGUUCUCAUUUCGAGCCUAGCAAAGGCAGACAUCCUGGUUUCUGUUAGCAUUGUUUCUGAGAUGGUUGUUCGGACCUUUGAAGUUAGUAUCUCAUCUACAGCGUUCACAUCAGCUCUGCUGCAGAACCUCCUUACUGCAAACGCACACGUCAGCUGCUUGCUGCUGAGCUGCGUUGCCGUCGAGGCUUACUUGAUAACCUUCUUCCCCACAGACUCUCGCCAUUUACGGACGGUGAAAAAUGCCAGACUGACAUCCAGGAUCAUCUGGAUCCUGGUGACUGCAGAGUGCGCCCUGUUCCAGACGGAUGUCCUCCUGAAGGCCAGCAGCACUUCUGCUCCCACCCGCAGCGCUUGUGUUUUGUUGUUUCAUUUCUCCAGCACGGCUGCAGCCCUUCUCAGGUCCCUCAGUUACUUCCUGGGGAUUCUUUUAAGGAUUGCCAAUGUAUACAUCUACUACAAAAUAUUUUUUAGCAUGUCUAACAGAUCUACGCUAAAAACGAAGUAGCGCGUAUUCCCAGGGGAAGCUGCUCUGUGGCACCAAACAGAAGACACUUCAACACAAUUUCAAACUAUUGGUUUGAAAAUUGUUCAAUAACCAAGGACCAAGGCUCAUGUUUUGGCACACCAUUGAGUUCAAACCUUCCUGUUUUCUGACGCUGUUUAGCCUUGGUUAUUAUGAGGAGCUUGGGGCUGAGGAGCCCCUUGGCACUGAAACACAACGAAGCUGGGCUGUGGGUGCUCGUGUUGACGGCCUUAGAGCACUGUGGGCUUGCUUUGAUUGUUUGCAAUCUACAGUUUAUUCACUGUACAGGUGAAACAAAUGACAUUGCAUGAACGGUUGUAAAAACUAAAGCAACCCAAAUAUUUUUUAUGUAAAAAGGGUGCUUAGAGGCUUACUCAGGGAUCCAUUGAGCCAAGAGCUGUACAGUUGUACACUAAAGACAUGAUCUAUACCCUAAAAUAUCUCUAACCCAGGUGACCCAUCAGAAUCAGCAGGUAGGAUCGAGAAACAAGGUGAGCACCAAGCUGACCUAGCCUAGCUGGGCUUGUCCCGCAGGUGGCAUCAGCCCCACCACGAGAGUCCCCAGGACAGAGCGGGGCUGAGCUGCCACAUCUUGGUACACGCCUGGAGCUAUUCUUGGGAGGUUGCUACAGUAAAGUAGUAAAUAGCUUCUCACAUCCUCCUUCAGAAAUAAACAGGAGGUGGAAAGCCAGAAUGCAGUUGUUUGCUGCAGCCCUACAAGGGCGGGGAGAGAGUUUCAGAAAACCCCUGUGUUGAAGGGUCCAUGUGCUGUACCCAGAGGGAUCACCAGCGAUUUCGGUGGCCUUGGUUUCAGAGGCAGGGAGGGAUGCGCUGGGAUUAGCAGUGCUGUUCCGGCUCCCUUGGCAGUGGUGCCAUGGGUACCAGGGCCAUGGAUAUUCCUCUGACCGCACUGGGGCUCGGGUGGAUGUAUAACAGAGCUAUUACCCAGCUGGUGAUUCCUGGGGUCUCCUCAAAGCACUGGAUGGUUAUCAGCAAAACAUAAAGUACUCCAGAUACCUCAGACACUCCCCAACACACAAGUGGAUGUAGGCACUUCCGAUUACUUUUGCACUUUGCAUGGGAGAUGGCCUCCAGCUUCAAUUAAAGACUGUGGUUUUGAGAAACUGAACUUCUGUGAUAUGUUCUGCAAUCCGCAGAUCGUAAAAGGUGGAAAGAAAAAUGAAACAAGCCAAACCCCAAGUAUUAAUAGCCAAAAUGCUACAUACAACCUCCCUCCGUCAUGCUUCCAGACCUUCAAUACAUCUUGCCAGCCCAAACACAGCAAUAAGCCUCUGCCCACCUGAGAAGAAGAAGGAUGUGGGGCACAAAACCCAAGCGUGAUGAAUUUCAGCUCUAACCUUCCCUCCUUCAGGUUGCAGUAGGUCCUCACACUCAAACUGGUACCAGUGAAUGCCUGACGUGCCCUGCUGGUAGCAGUUACUUGGCACUUAGACUAUUAGAGCUGAAAAUUGGAGCUGUGAGCACUUUCCCGAGUGGCCUGUAGUCCAAGGUGACCAGAGGCACAAGAGCUGUCAAUUGAAGGUCAGACUUGACAAACCCAAGACAAACAGCAAGCGCGGAGGAGUUUCCUGCUCUUUGCUAUGCUUACCAGCCAGUUUCUAAAUUUCGCAAUCACGCUUUUUCUAGUUGGUGUCAGAAGUGAUUUUUUCCUCCUUCAGGGAGAUAAACUUGACCGAAAGGCAACACCCAGAAAAGGGGCAGUGAAACCAGGUGCACCCAUCUUGCUGCUGGGGCAGGAGGUGGCUGGCAGCAGGACAGUCUCCUUCACAGCCAGACUAAAUGAAACAAAAUAGGGUUUUUUGCAUGUCAGAUAAAGUCAGCUCAGUUUUAAUGAAAGGCAAAUAUCCUGGCCCAAGGAGCAUCCAUCUUACAUUGGGAUCUCUGAGAUUACUCAAGUGCAUUUUUUCUGACAAGGACACUAAAUGAAAACCUUUUUUACAUGACUAUACCCUGCCUAGCAUCUCCAGAGUCAUUUCAGAGACCCUCCCCGCUUCCUUUCCACCUUCCCUUUGUGUUCCUUCAUGACACUCUCUGAGAAAAGGCUGAAUUUUGCUUCUACAUCAAAAAUCAAGCAAUAAUAAUGCAGAUGUACUUGGCUGGUUCUGUGAGAUGAAAAUAUUGAGCUCUCACUUACAACUGCUAAAAUAUUUAAAAAUAUUCUAAUCCCUUUGGCUGCAGUAAUACACUUCAAAAAAUUAUGAAUAGUGUUAUUAUCAGAAUUCACAGAAGUUAUCUGCCUAGAGUGCAGUUAUUUAUGAUGAAUAUUGGCAGCGUCAGAGAUGCUGUGGACACUGGUGGGCCAGAAGCCAGGGAAGAGUGCUUGACAUCAUUGUUUCUCAGAAGACUGAAAGGAAACACUGGUAAGGGCUGGGUAUCCAGUAAAAGCAGAACAGAAAUUUAAUCAAGUCACUUAAAAAAACUCGGAUGCAUGUUGCCUAACAAAGCCGAUUCCUUCAGCAGGAAGGACGUCUUAGUACUUUGAUGCACUGUGAUAUACUGUUCUUAUUCUGGAAGCCUGAAGUGCCACUUUCAGGACAGACAAACUGCUACUUGAAGUGCUGUAAUUAAUAAAACUUUGUUUUGUUAAA